CAUUGUUAUCGAACGGCUGAAGCGAGCAGCUGAGCAACACCAGAGCCACGCGCUCUGCUCCGAAAUGUUGUAUUCGUUCGACAGAUGAUCGUGUAAAGAGAGGAAAUCGGUAGAAGACGGAAGGAGGAUCUUUCGAGGAAGGGAGAAAAUUUUUACCGCUUUUCAAAGAUACUCAGGUCUGUUUGUUCCUGAAACGGUGAUCAAGAUGCCGAAAAAGUUCGUCGGGGAGAACAGCAAGGCUGUGGCAGCUAGGGCGCGAAAAGCGGCAGUAAAGGAAGCCGAGACCUCGAAGAAGGUCCAGGAGGCCGAAGACAAGGCGUGGCAGGACGACGAUAAGCAGUUACAAAAGAAGAAGCAGAAACAGGAAGAAAUGGAAAAGAAGCGACUGCAGCAGUUGGAGAAAAAAGCCGAGGCGAAGGCGCUCCUCGAAAAGGAAAUGUCCAGUAUUAAGGUGGGCGGAAAACAGCCGGCGGCGAAGUUGACGCGGGCGGAAAUUCAGGCGGAAACUGAGAGGCGGAAUCAGGUCGCCCAGAAGAAGAAGACGGAAGAUGAGGAGAGACCGAUAGAGGAAAACAUCAACCGAAUCGUUCUCGAGGGCGAAACGGCCCACGGAAUAGACGAGGCGCUAUCGGUUCUCAGCACGAAAGAAUCCGAGGUCGAUCGGCACCCUGAGAAACGGCUGAAGGCUGCCUACACUGCGUUCGAGGAGCGAAUGAUGCCGCUGAUCAAAGAGCAGAAUCCGACGCUACGGCUCAGUCAGCUCAAGCAAAUAUUGAGAAAGGAAUGGAUGAAGUCCCCGGACAACCCGCUCAACCAGAGACUCCAUAAUCGCUGAGUCGAAAGUAUUGUAGCUGGUAACAUGGAUUGGCGAGGUGUCACGUUUGACCUCAUAUGGCGCGAUGUACCUGCACGUCGAUAUGCACAAUUGUCGCUAAUAAAUGAGAAAUGUGUGAAACAAACAACAGAAGCAGAGAGACGUUCUUGUUGUGUGAAUCGAGUAAUAAAUUAUGCUUUUU